AUGCUGGACCCACCACAUCCGCACGCCACGGCACUCGCCACGUAUUACUGCAAUCGCGCCGCGGCACUUUUGCAUAUGGAACGCUACGAUCACGCCAUCGAAGACUGUAAUCUAGCCAUCAUUCUCAAUCCGGCUUACGUCAAGGCCUAUAUUCGACGGAGUACGGCCUACGAGCAACUACAGCAUCAGUUGCAACACUCCACCUUGCAGGAUGCCCAACAAGCCUUACAGCUCGAUCCCUCCAAUGCGCAAAUUCGUAGUACUGUCGCACGUUUACAGAAACUCGAAGACGCUCGUCUAGAAAAACUCAAGGUCGAAACCAUGGAUAAGCUGAAGGAUUUGGGCAACAGCAUUCUAGGCAAUUUCGGAUUAUCUUUGGACAACUUUCAGACCCAGAAAGAUCCCAACACGGGCUCGUACAGUAUCUCGUUCAACCAAAACAAGUGA